AUGAUGAAGUGGAGGUGGUUCCAUGCACGUGGAUAUCUGGAAGUUUUUGCAAGUGGCCAAGACUCCCCACAAACAAAGUUUCGUGCCAUGAUCAAAAAGGGAUCUCUCCCAGGCCACAGCUACGACAACUACAAAGUGGACAUGAAAGGAAUAUUCCCAACCUACGAAAAAGCGAGAGAGAAUCUGGCAGUCUCUGAGUACACUUCUGACUUCAGCGGUGCAAAGGAGUUACCACCUAAGAGAAUACGACGUGCUCGCACAUUUGACAGUGACGAAGAUGACGCAUUCCCUGCUGUACCUGACAGCUUCGCAAAAUCUGGUUAUUCUGGGAAAUCUCCAUCCUCAUGCCAGUCCAGGAGGAGUAGCACAGGUUCCAACCAGCGUAGCUGCUCUCCCACACCGUCUUACAGUAAAGAGAUACCUUGUGCCUCUUCACAAGAUGCACGUCGCCCUGGGUCUGCUUUAACUGGUUCUUGCCUCGACACCACUACGCGAUUCCAGGAAUCGUGCACCCAACCUGCCAGGGGGAGCCAGCCAAUUCUACCAAGCUUGCUGGACACCACUAUUUUCAACGAGCCAGAUGAUUCAGCAUCCCAAGCAUCGGAAAUUCACAUGGAAGUUGGGAAUGAUUCUAAUUUUCGUGCCAGGGGAAUGAGCGCACCGACAGAAAAUUCAUCACUUGAGCAGCCACUGCCAGAGUAUGGUGAGUGCCUUUUGGAGGUACUCGCAGAUGUCAUCAAAUGGUUUUGCCAUUCUAUGUGA